UACCACCACAUGUAUUAAGCAGCUUUUUUGUUGAACGACUGCUUUCAAUCCUGCAGGAACAUUUUCAGUAUAAAAGUACAUCCAAUUAAAUGACUUUUUCAUUGCGCCAUCUGUCACCACAUAAAAUCGGCCUGGCAGGUAAAAUUAUCUUUAGAAGUAUCAAAUGACCAUGUUCAAAACUGGGCCUUUUUUGCAACAGUUUAAGUAGACAAUAGGUUUGCACAUGACGUGAUUGUGUACAACAAAUUUGUCUUAUUAUCAAGCAAACAAAAUAGUGUUUAUGGUGAGCGGACUGGGAGAAGUGUUCUCUUUUUGAGAAAUAUUUCUAGUUUUGUGUGUAUGGUAUAUCAGUAGCUCAUAAUUACUUAUUCUAAAUACCAAAAUCUGUUUGGAGACCAUUCUAUUAAAAGACCACUUUUUGGCAGUCACUUAUGUGGUGUUUUAUUGAACAAUGUCUAAUGUACUAAAAAACAGUUAUAGUUUCAAGGUCAGUUAGAAAUGUUUAUGUUGUAAUCGGUGCUUAAAGCCAGCAUAGCCUGUUACAGCUGCAUUGGUGUAUCUUAUAGUACUUGUAAUUCCAUUAUUGUGUCUUGACAAUUUUUUAAGUAAGAUGGAACAUUUGUCGGUGAAAGGCGGAAAAGAAAUGAGUCGUAAACAGCUCAUAUUUUACUAUCUUCACUUUGCAGGAUAACACAUGAUGUAGGAGGUGUUGGUGCAAUAAGAAGAAUUAAAGCUGCAAUAUCUGUGGCUAGGGCAGUGAUGGAGAGAACUACCCAUACACUUCUUGUAGGGGAUCAAGCAACUGAGUUUGCAACACAGCUUGGGUUCAAAGAGGAAGAUUUACACAGUGAUAAAAGCAGAGAUUUAUAUAAACAAUGGAAACAAAAGAAUUGUCAGCCUAAUUACUGGAAGAAUGUAGUACCAGACCCAAAACAAUCCUGUGGACCCUACAAACCCAAACCAUUUCCACCAAACAGAAAUAAGCAAGAGUUAUCUGAAGAUUCGUAUAAAGGCAUAGGCAGUGAUAAUCAUGAUACAAUAGGUAUGGUUGUAGUUGACAGUAAAGGAAAUGUAGCAGGUGGAACAUCAACAAACGGGCUGAAUCAUAAGAUUCCAGGACGUGUUGGAGAUUCUCCUAUAGCUGGUGCAGGAAGCUAUGUUGAUAAUGAUGUAGGUGGCGCUGCUGCAACAGGUGAUGGUGACGUCAUGAUGAGAUUCCUACCAAGUUUCCAUGCAGUGAUGAUGAUGAAAAGUGGUGCGUCACCAACUAUAGCAGCCGGUGAUGCUAUAAAAAGUAUAAUUAGAUUUUAUCCAGAUUUUGUUGGUGCUGUUCUAGCAGUGAAUAUUGAAGGGGCACAUGGGGCGGCAUGUCAUGGUAUUGAAAAGUUUCCAUAUUCUAUACGUAGUACAGACUAUAGUGAUGUAACAGUGUUGGAAGUCCCGUGUAUGUGAUUCUCUGAUAAAUGGAAGACAUCAGUUUUUAUCAUUCCACAAUUUAUUGAUUUGAUAAUUACCUUAUAAUUGAUAUUAACUUUAUAUGUACCAAAAACUGUCAGAAAACUCAAUAGUAUAAACAAGUUUAUGCAGCCUUUGUAGGAGCCUUAAAUAUAAACAUUUUCAAAGAUAUGAAAAAAAAUUGUAAAAAAAAUAACACCAUUACUACAUUACAUCUUUUCUUAUGUACAUUCUAUCAGAAAGCUUGUAUAAAAGUCAGAAUGGAAUUUUGUAAAGUGGGAACGAUGUAUGGUUAGGUAUGGUUCUUGAUUUCCUGUGAAAAAGGACAAUUUGUUACAAUACUGUUUUGAAACUUGGCAUGUUACUGCCUUCUUGUAUCAUAUAAUAUUGUAAACCAAACUUAUUUUCUAGCAGGUAAUUUAUUUAACAGUUCAGAAGACAUAUUUUUAUAAUAACCCUUAUCAUGCUGGAUUAUUAACCCUUAUCAUGCUGGAUAGGAUUGAUUCUGUCUUUGCAACAAGUACAGAUCUUGAUCAGCCUGCACAUCCAUGCAGUCUGAUCAAAAUCGGCACUGUUUGCCAUUCAGUCAGAAUCUUUUUCGUAAGCACCCCUUUUAACAGGUAAUGUUACAUCCUGGAUAAGUUCAUUGUAGAAAUUUAUCAGGGUUAAGCAAAAGUAUAAAUGUUUUGAAGAAUUUAGUUUCAAUGAAAUUUUUAAUCAGAUGUAUCAAUGAGAGAAGAUGAUAUUGUUUGAAAGUGUUUUAUUAGCGCACCUGAGCCAAAGGCUCAAGGUGAGUUUUUGUGACCACUAGAUGCCCAUCGUCUGUUAUGUGUCAGCACUUUCUAUAAAAAUCUUCUUGAAAACCACUUGACAGAAUUUCAAGUGAUAUUUGGGUGGCCCCCUUUCAAAAUUGCCCAAAGAAUUUAAAUCCAUCUAGAACUCUGGUUGCCAUGACAACCAACAGGAAAAACUUUAAAAAUCUUCUUUUACAAAACCGCAAGGAUAUAGAGCCUUGAUAUUUGGCUUGUGACAUCAUCUAAUGGUCCUCUAUAAAAAUAUUGUUCAAAUUUUUGCCCCUAGGGUGAAAAGAGGUCCCGCCCCGGGGGUCCCAAGUUUUACAUAGACUUGUACAGGAAAAAACAUUAAAAUCUUAUUGUCUGAAACCAAAAGUCUUAGACCUAGGCCUUUGAUAUUUGGUACAUUGCAUUUCCUAGUGGUCCUCUACCAAGAUUAUUCAAAUUAUGCCCCAUACUUGAAAAGAGGCCCCACCCAGGGGGUCCCAAGUUUUACAUAGACUUAUAUAGGAAAAAAACUUUAAAAAUCUUCUAGCCUGUAUCUACAAGGCAUACACUUCUGAUAUUUGGUAUGUUGCAUUGCCUAUUGUUCCUCUACCAAAAUUGUUCAACUUAUGCCCCUGGGGUGAAAAAAAGCCCUGCCCUAGGGGUCCAAAGUUUUACAUAGACUUAUAUAGGAAAAAAAUCUUCUUGUCUGAAAGUUCAAGGCCUAGGCCUUUGAUAUUUGGUAUAUAGCAUUGCUUAGUGGAUCUCUAACAAGAAUGUUCAAAUUUUGCCCCUGCAGUGAAAAGAGGCCCACCCUGGGGGUCACUUGUUAUAUGAGUUAUAUAGGAAAAAAUACUUUAAAAAUUAUCAAAUCAUAUUUCCUAGACUGUUUAAUUAUAAUUACCUGAUGACCCGAAGUGGGCCUUGAAAUUAUGAUGACAUUUACAGUUUUGCACACCAUUCAUAAAACUGGUUUUCAGUGACCAUAAAUGUGACCUACUGACCUACUUUCUUACUAUUUUAGCAUCAGUUUGACAUUUGAAACAUGUAGCUCAUAUUACUCAGGAGAGCAAUCCAGGGUCAUUAUGACCUUCUUGUUUUAUUUUCUAUCACUAUUUAACAGAUCUCAUUUAUUUAGUGAAAACAGAUGUUUGAUUUGUUUGAAUACUGUUUCUUUAUCUCAGGAAAUGCUGUGUGUACUGUUGAGGGAAUCAUGUUGUGAACUUGACCACUCACCUGACAGUACAUGCUGUGCUAUAUCUUUUCAAUUCUAAUUUUUAUUUUUCUAAAUAGUAUUGAGCGUAGUUUGGCAGAAAUCAAAAGAAGUUAAUGCACACCUUUCAGUAAAAAAGUUUAUUUUUGGGUGAUAACAAAUUCAUAAAUUAACUUGUUUGUAGACCUACAUUCAAAAAUAAAUGCCAUUUAGUUGUCCUCCAAUUUGUAAACAAAAAAUAAUAUUAUGAUCAUUGUUCAGUUCUAAUUUUUCCCUAGGCGUGAGAACAUUGCGACCUCAUUACGCCGUCUGGUUGAAAUACUUAUCAGCAAAACUUGUUCAUGUCUGCUGUAUGUCUGUUGUUAGCGUGAUGUUUCAGAUUUAGAUUUGAAUGUACUUUUAACCCCAAUCAUGGUGGACACGAUUGGUUCUGCCUUUGCGGCCAGUGUAGAUCAUGAUCAACCUGCACAUCCAUGCAGUCUAAUCAUAAUCUGCACUGUUUGCCAUUCAGUUAAAAUCUAGGUGAGCACCUCUUUUAACAGUUUAUGGUACUGUCCAAAUUGGGAGAUGGACAAGUUCAUUAUAAAAAAUUCAGCAGGGUAAGGGUUAAAAGAUAUUUAGGUAGUUAUAUGUCAUGAAAUGAAUGACCGCAUACCUUAUUCAGAUCUUAGUUUAAAUGUUUCUUUCUUAUAUUAAAAUUGUUACAUGGUACUCUUAUAGUUAUUUUAUAUGUAAGUAACCAAUGUUUUAACUUUCAUCAGGCUUAUACAUGAUUAAAUCAUUGAUUAUAUAAAAACUAUGAUUGAUUUUUACCAGACAACUUGUCUGAAAACUGUACAUUGUGCAAAUUUAUGAUGCAUUAAUCAUUUGCAAUAAUUUAUUGAAUAAAUAUGCAAUUAUUUCUUAUUCAGUUGUUACGAAAAAUAAAGAUGUUUUGCCAGAAUAUUAUA